AUUAAGUCUUUCGUUCAACACAAUCUCAACACUUUCUUUCAACACUACUACAAAAUUACUAUUUUCAACAUUUACUCUAAUUCAAGAUGCUCUCCAAAAUCUUCCUUGCUGCCCUCCUUGUCGGUCAAAACGCCUUGGCUGCGCCCAUUGCCUCCACUAACGAAGUCGUUGCCGUUGAGCGCUCGGUCAAGAUCUCUGCCAACGGUGUUGACUUCACCAAGCGUGAUGUUCCCCAGCUUGAGGUCCGCAAUAAGCACAAGCACAAAGGCGACAAGAAGAAGGGCGGCAAGCAUCACCACGAUGGUAAUGAUGAUGAUGAUGAUGAUGACAAGAAGGGUCACAAGGGCGGAUACGGUGGCAAGAAGAGUAAGGAUAAUGACGACAAAAAGGGCGGAGAGCAUGGCGGCGAUGAUGACGAGAAUGGUGAAAAGCACGGCGGUGAUGAUGACAAUGAUGACAAGAAGGGUGGAAAGCAUGGCGAUGAUGACUACAUGAAGGGUGGAAAGCAUGACGAUGAUGAUGAAAACAAAGGUGGCAAGCACGAUGACGAUAACAAUAAGAAGUGGGGUAAGAAGUUUGGAAAACAGAAUGAUAACGACGGCAAGAAGGGGGCCAAGAAGGGUGGAAAGAAAGGAUACUGAGAUGGCAGGCGACUCAAUUCCAACAAUAAUUGGAGUUGCAAAUAUGCAUGCUAGAUGCAUGAGGGAGACUUCUAUCAGC